AUGUCUGAUCAAACAAGGACAGGCUAUGGAGGAGGAGGGUCCUAUGGAUCAUCCUAUGGUGGAGGAGGCACCUAUGGUUCAUCUUAUGGAACCUCCUAUGACCCCAGUACUAACCAACCUAUACGCCAAGCCAUCAAGUUCAUGACAGCAUCAACCAUUGGUGUCUCAUUCUUGAUCCUGUCUGGGUUGAUCCUCACUGGAACUGUCAUAGGUUUGAUCAUUGCAACACCACUUCUUGUUAUCUUCAGUCCUAUCCUUGUCCCUGCUGCCAUAACCCUUGCACUGGCUGCUGGUGGAUUUUUGUUCUCUGGUGGCUGUGGUGUUGCUGCCAUUGCUGCAUUGUCAUGGUUGUACAGCUAUGUCACUGGGAAACACCCUGCUGGCUCUGAUAGGCUUGAUUAUGCUAAAGGGGUGAUUGCUGAUAAGGCUAGGGAUGUUAAGGACAGGGCCAAGGAUUAUGCUGGUGCUGGUAGGGCUCAGGAGGGCACACAAGGGUAUUGA